AUGGGGUUCCACUUCCAGCAGUACAUCGCGAUGGUCGGGCGCGCCAUCAACCCCGUCCAGUGGACGCGCACGUGGAAAAAACUCGAGGGCAAGAAGGCUGGCGAAGUCUACCGCAGCGCCCUCGACUGGACCAACAACCAGUUCGCCCAGGUGGCUCGCGCUUCGCAGUACCGCGCGUGGUGGUGGCAGAACCCGCUGGGCAUGGGCCUCGUCCUCUACGGCACCUACAAGGCGUGGCACAUGAUCUACAUGGUUCGCAAGCAGAAGAAGACCGCUCAGCUGGUCGCCGCCGCCUACGGCCAGGGUGGGCAGUGGCUGAACCCCGUGCCUCGAUAA